AACAGUGCCCGCUUAUACUAUUGCUUCGAUGGCCAAUCUUCUCAAGUCAACGAUAUGCGGAAAGGAAUUGCAGAUUUUCCGAGACGCAGUCGAUCAACGCAUACUGUGGAGUUUGAAAGUGUUAGAUUCCAAUGGCAGAUAUAAACCAGGAUUUGUUUAUGGAAAUAAUUAUUGGUUGGGUAGUCGUAGCCAGUGUACCGAUACGACAAAUAGAAUUCCUCUACAGAUCUCAAAACAAAUAUUAAAUACCACGCUAUAUCAUAAUCUGCAAAACGAAUUUCCGCCUUUUGAAAUAAAUUACUUUGCAGUUCAUUUUAGACACAACAGUACUAUUCAAUAUCACAUGAAUAUAUUUAACGAAGAUGUGAUUACGCUCGGACUCUGUCUGCCAGCAUCGUGCACUAUAAAUAAUUUAAGUCUCAUUUUGGAAACAAUAUUUCGUGAUAGAGUUAUCAUAAUCGAUAACUUCAACUUUACGAAAUUCCAGCUGAUCCAGGUUAAAGAUCUAAAAUAUAAUAACGAAUGGUUAUUUAGUGGUGCAUUGCCUUUUAUCUG